GGCGCGGGCGCUGCCGGGCUUUGCAGUGCGGAGCUGCGGAGCGGCGGGGCCAUGCGGCGGGUGAACAGCAGCCUGUCCAGCGAUGAGCUUCUCCUGGAAGACUUGGAGACAGAGGGAGAGAGGCAGCUGAAGAGCCUCCUUCACCAUCAGCUCGACACCACUGCCUCCAUCGAGCAGUGCAAGUCGAAGCGGAGAUGCUUUGCCCCUGCCGCUUUUUACAAACCUUUCGGGGAAGAGGCCGCGGGGGCUUUGACCCUGUCGCAGUUCCAGGCCCUGCAGGAGAGCGACAAAGAAACCUCCUCUCUGCGGGAGCUGGGGCUCUCCGACUCGGAGAUUCUGCUCUGGAAGAACCAGGCUUCAGCGAGGAAGGGCUCUGGGCUGGGGGCAGCCCCGGAGGCCACGCAGGAGCGGCUGGAUGCCAUCCAGGAGAAGCUGGAGGAGCGCCGGCGCAUCCUGGCGCUGCCGCAGAGGUUUGCGGGCAGCAAGCAGCUGAGCCGGCGGGAGAUGGAGAUCGAGAAGGCGCUUUUCCAGGGGACAGACCGGCACUCCUUCCUCAGGGCCCUCUACCACCAAGAUGACACUCAGAAGAAAGGAACAGAUGAAAAGGACCCCAUGGUUCAUCUGGAGAGUGUUUACCAAGAGCUGCUGAGCAAGAAGUGCCCUGAAAAAGUCCGGUCUGCUACAAGUGACCCCUGCUCGUCCCCUUCCCUGACCCCACAGGGGGCUGUGACUGAGGAGUCAUCACUUCCAGACCAGGAGGAGCAGGUAGCAAGUCCCAGCGUUUCUGCAGCAAAGCCCCAGCAGUCCCCUCCGAGGUCUGUGGUUAUCAAAGAGCCAGUGGAGUUUGUCCCAGAAGAGGAGAUCCUCAGGAACCGCCUCUCAGAGGAGGAGCUCCGGAAAAUUCCCAGGUUCUCAUCCUACCAUGCAGGGGAGCCCAGCAAGGUGCUGUAUUUGAAGAACCUGGGCCCCCGAGUGACAAUGAAGGACCUGGUGUCCUUGUUUGCUCGGUUCCAGAAGGAGGACAGCCCACUGAUCCAGUUCCGCCUCCUGAGCGGCCGGAUGAGGGAUCAGGCCUUCAUCACCUUCCCUGACACAGAGUCAGCCCAGAGCGCCCUGCAGCUGCUGAACGGCUACAAACCAGGGAAGCCCCUGGUGAUCGCCUUUGGGAAAAGCAGGAAGCAUUUGCAGAGGCUGACUCUGCCAGCCCCAGCUCCUCGGCUGCAGGGAACCCUCCUGGCACCUGAGGAUGGAGAAGCAGCAGCCUUGUGGAUGUCAGUCAGCUGUGGGAAAUCCGUGCUUGGACAUGGGACAGGGAAGGACUGUUAGGAGCCAAGGUGCAGGGCCAGUGCUCUGAGAUGGGAGAGCUGGGGACUGGGCUUCUCCUUCUUCUCCGUUC